AUGAGUACUGCUGGCUGCUCGUCCGCAUGCAAGGUUACUGGUAAGUCAUCGUGGCCGGAGCUAAUGGGAACAAAUGUGGCCAAAGCAGUGAGUGUAAUUCAGACAGAGAACCCAAGUGUUCAUGUUAAGGUGUUGAACAUGUCUAAGCCAAUUCCAUUGCCAGUGGAUUGUGCUCGUGUUAUUGUUUUUAUUGAUGACACCAACAAGGUUGCUCUCCCACCUGUUAUUUGUUGA